AAUUAAUGCUUAAAUUUGUCCUAAAACUACCGGAAUUCAUCCCCAAUUUUCAGCCAAAUUUGGACAUCACAAAGCAACAAAUUAAAUGGAUAAUUUCAAGCUUGGAGGGCUGUCAACAUACUAGAAAAUCCCAGCAAAAUUGGAGCUGCAGAUUGGGGAAGUUGCCGGCGGGAAUUUGGGGAGAAACUCACGGGCUACCAAAAUUCAAGAACCAAAAGCACAAAUUAGAGUAACCCAAGUUAGUUUAAGGCUAAAAGGAGGAGACCCAUGGCUGUUCUUACCAGAAAAUCAAAGCAAUUCGCCCCCACAAAGCAGGAGCAGCCGGCGGUGAGGAAGGAAGAACAGAGAAGAUCCGGGGUUUUCUGCAGAGGGGAAAGAUUUCUGGGUUCUAGAACAAGAAAAGAAGGAGAAAUCUUCAAGCUUUCAACCGAUUUCUCAAGUGGAAGAGGCGUCGGUGGCUGGGUUUGUUUUUGGGCUGCAACGGGAAGAAAGAAGAAGAGCAGAAUCGGGUGAGGAAGAAGAAAGAAGAAAAAAACCAACCGAUCCUUAUAAAAAAUCUUUUCCCUU